CUGACAUCCCAAAAAAAAGCAGGAUCAGACACUGUCCCCAGCACACAGGGCUUGCCACUCACCGAGAGCUUCUUCUCCUCCUGUUGCUCGUGUUGCUCCCGGCAUCCUUCACAGAUCCCGAGGUUUCACCCAUCCCUGUUUUCCCAAGUUAAUGAUUCAGACUGGCUGGAUCCCCGGGGGGCUGGCAGCCAGGCCCCAGCUGGCAGGCCAAGGAUGCUUGCCCUCUGGGGUUAAUCAUUCUCUCGGCCGCUGCCCCUGCCUCCAUAAAAACUCGGGGAUGGGAUUCCCGGUGCCGAUUCCCGGCAGGAGGAGGAGAGCCGGCUCCAGCAUGAGGGCAGCUCUGGCGCUGCUGCCUCUCCUGGCCGCUGCACAGGCGCUACACCGAGGGAAAGCUUAUGUCCGGGAGAAAGUCUGCCAGGAGUACAAGAUCCUGGGAAAGGAGAACUUCAGAACCAUGACCAUGGUUGCCAACAGCCGCAAAUAUUCCAACGGCACCUUCGAGGAGAUCGGCAGCCUCGUGCGGGAGAUCGUCUCCCUGGCCGAGACCUGCUGCGCCGACGGGGCUGACCCCUCCUGCUACGACGCCGGGUCCACGGCGCUGUCGGUGAAGUCGUGCAGCGCGGGCUCGCCCUUCCCGGCGCAUCCCGGCACGGCGGAGUGCUGCGCGCAGCAGGGCCUGGAGCGCAAGCUGUGCCUGGCGGCGCUGCGGCACCCGGCCCCGCCCGGGCUGCCCCGCUUCCUGCAGCCCUCCGACAGGGAGCUCUGCCGCGCCUUCCGCCAGGACCCCCGCGAGUUCGCCGACAGGUUUCUCUAUGAGUACUCCAGCAGCUACAGCCAGGCUCCCCUGCCCGUGCUCCUGGCCUCCACCACCUCCUUCCUCUCCAUGGUCUCCACCUGCUGCAUCUCCCCUGCGCCCACUGCCUGCUUCCUGAAGGAGAAACUGGAGAGGAAAACCCUCUCCCUACUCACCCUGACGUCAAACCGGAUUUGCUCCCGCUUCUCGGCCUAUGGCAAGGACAAAGUCAGCUUCAGCUACCUGGCCUCGCUGGCCCAGAAGGUUCCCACUGCUCCCUUCGAGGACCUUCUGCCCCUGGCCGAGGGCGCUGCCGAGGUCUCCUACCAGUGCUGUGACUCCCUGGCCGAGGACUGCAUGCAGAAGAAGCUCCUGGAGCACACGGCCAAAGUCUGCGCGGCGCUGUCGGCCCGCGACGCGCGCUUCGCCGCCUGCUGCAAGGGGAAAAACCUGAUGGAAAACCAUUUCUGCAUCCUGGCCAUGCUCCCAGCGCCGGCUCCCGAGCUGCCAGCGCCGCCCGAGCCCACCAACAAGGAGCUGUGUGCCAAGGACGGGGCUCUCCAUGCCACCAGGUUCCUGUUUGAGCUGGCCCGCAGGCACCCCAGCCUCCCCGACGCCGUCCUCGCCAAGCUCUACGACUCCUCUGGGAAACUCCGCGGGGAAUGCUGCUCCUCCAGUGACCCCUCCGCCUGCUGGGACAGCAAGCGCAAGCGGAUAGGAGCGGAGCUGCUGCCCUUCCUGGAAAAGGCCAACCUGCUCUGCGGGCAGCACAACCAGCUGCCUUUCCUCGACUUCAAGAAGAGGCUGCGCGACAGCCUGGCGCAGGCCGAGCCCCAGCCCGGCCCGGAGCAGCUGGAGCAGCUCCUGGAGCAGCGAGCAUCCUUCGCCUCCACCUGCUGCCUGCCGGGCGCUCCGCCGCUGCUCUGCGCUUCCAAGGUGAGCUCGGAGCUGGGGGAGCUGUGCCAGAAGGGCUCCUGCCUGCUGGGAUAGCGGGGAUCGCUCCUCCAAGGAUGGCGCACGGACGGAGGGGGAGCCCGAGCUGCGGGAACGCGCAGGAACGGCACGGGGGACAUCGGGAGGGAGCAGCGGGGAGCUGGGCUGGAGGAGGUCCGGCAGACGGGAGGGGUCCCCGAGCCCGCACCUUGUAUUCCUGCAGCCAAAAUAAAGAGAAGCAAAGCGC